AAUGUUAUAAUAAAAUGGCAUGAGUUUCCUUGCUUCUUCUUCCUGUCUUUGUUUUAGAAAGCAACAGCUGCAGGUGUCUGGCCCAGAUAUAGCAUUUUCACUUGACCAUGCACAAUCUUCAUAAUACUUUUAAAUUAUUGAUUGUCUGUAUAGAACAUAUUGAAUGAUGGAAUAAGGUUGUGUUUAAUGACGGAUCUUCAUAUGAAUCCAGUAGUGAUGUUGGAUCUUCUUCAGAGCGUUAAUAAUUUUAUAAAAUGGUCCAACAAGAGUGAAUUCUUUUCCACUAAGCACAUAAGCAAUUUGCUGGCUCUCCGCAAUGACAUCAUUGCCUCAGAUUUAAUAAAACCAAAAAAGCAAACAAAUAUAACUGAGAAUAUGUCACGGAAAUAUUGGUUUUAAACUUGCCGAAUGUGCCGUCUGCGUCUCCAUUAAUUUUGGUUAAUUUUGUUGGCUUGAAACAUUAUCGCAAUUAUUUUUACUUUUUUUGAUACAAAGGUUUCUUUAAUACACUACAUUUUUAUUUAAAAAAAUAUAAUAUGUACAUGUAGUGUAAUUGAAGUUUUCUGCAAAUUUCCAACUAUAAAUUCAGUGGUUUGAAGAAAUAAAAACAUUCAAUCAAAAAACAAUGGAGCAAUAUACGAUUAAGGACGACUUUCAUUAUUUCACCAUCUCUGAAGAUGAUUCUGAAGACGAAGCAAAGCAUAUUGUAAAAACUAAUAUUUGGAGGGAGAAACUUUGUCAACGAAAUUUUGAACAACAGUUGAACAGAUCGUAUACAGAGGGAGCAAAUAAUAGUAAUGAUGAUCAUAAUGAUGACGCUAAUGAAAUCAAUGUACAAAUAAUCUACAACACUGAUAUUGACACAACACUUUAUCCAAUCAUGGAGGAAUCUGAUGACGAUAUUCAUAAACAAAAAGAAAGUAACAAUAUCUUCACUAAUAAUAGAUUUCACCCUCUUUCUUUUCCUCCUAAGCGAACUCAAAAAAGAAUAAGACUUGAGACACAAGAUUGUCCACAGUUAAAAUGGAGUGAAAGUGACGAAUCACCAACUCAAUAG